ACGGCGGCGGCGUCUGCGGGAAGCCGUGUGUCUCCGCAGUGACGUGGGCGGGCCGAGGGCACGGUGACGUCAGAGGGCUGUGUGUAGCGAUGUGUGUGGGGUUCGGAGCGGCGCCGGCACAGCCGAAGGGAGCGGGCGAGCGGCGGCGACGGCGGCGGCGGGCACAGAUUAAUUUAAAGAAGAAUGAAGUGUAAUUCUUGAAGAUAAUUGGGCAGUUUUUUUGUUAACUAUCAUUUUUGAUUGUAGAAGUUCAAGUGAAGCUAGAGGCCCUUACUGGUGUGAAGAUUUAUACAAGUCUUCAAUUUGUCAGCACAGACCAACCAACCAUUUUUAGAGGGGAUACUCCCCCUCUCCUUUUUUGGUAUCUUGCUGGUAAAAAUUAAAUUUGUUUGCAUUAUUUUGACUGGUGUCAGAGUCUAGGUUUUAUGAAACAUCAAUGGCAUAAACUUUACACAUGCUUUGCUUAAAAAAAAAAAAGAUUAAUCAAACCAUUGCCUUGAAGCUGGACCUCUUGAAUUGAGAAAUUGGUAAUGUUAUUUUACAUAUAUAUGAAGAAUCCAAGGAAAGCCUCCUCAGAAGUGUACCUCUUAAGAUUAUAUUUAUUACUAGAAGCAAAAAGAGACAUUUUGUAGUAUUUGCAGUGAAAUUAUACUAGGAUAAGCAGAACCAAAACAAAGUUGCAAAAUCUAUUGGGUAAGAAUAUUUCCUUUUGGAAAUUUGUAAUUUUUUAUGAAUAGGUUAAAAGUAUUUGAUACAGUUACUCUUCUUCAAAUAAGUAACUAAAUAAAAAUGCAAAUCUCAGACUUAAUUAUUUAAUACAAUAGCAUAGCAAUGGAAAACCUACAGGCAAAUUUCUCCUUAGUUCAGGGCUCAAAUAAAAAACUGAAUGGGAUGGGAGAUGAUGGCAGCCCGCCCGUGAAAAAAAUGAUGACAGACAUUCAUGCAAAUGGAAAAAUGAUAAACAAGAUGCCAACGGUAAAGAAGGAACACUUGGAUGACUAUGGAGAAGCACCUAUGGAAACUGAUGGAGAACCUGUCAAGCGGACCUGUACUUCUGUGCCUGAACCUUUAAAUUUAAAUCCCAGUUUGAAACAUACAUUGGCACAAUUCCAUUUAAGUAGUCAGAGCUCUUUGGGUGGACCAGCAGCAUUUUCUGCUCGGUAUUCCCAAGAAAGCAUGUCACCUACUGUAUUUUUGCCUCUUCCAUCUCCUCAGGUUCUUCCUGGCCCACUUCUCAUCCCUUCUGAUAGCUCCACAGAGCUCACCCAGACUGUUUUGGAAGGGGAAUCUAUUUCUUGUUUUCAAGUUGGAGGAGAAAAGAGACUCUGUUUGCCCCAAGUCUUAAAUUCUGUUCUCCGAGAAUUUUCACUUCAGCAAAUAAAUACAGUAUGUGAUGAGUUAUAUAUAUAUUGUUCAAGGUGUACUUCAGACCAGCUUCAUAUCUUAAAGGUCCUGGGAAUACUUCCUUUCAAUGCUCCAUCCUGUGGGCUGAUCACAUUAACUGAUGCACAAAGACUGUGUAAUGCUUUAUUGCGGCCACGAACUUUUCCUCAAAAUGGUAGUGUACUUCCUGCUAAAAACUCAUGGGCUCAGUUAAAGGAAACUGGCAGUGCCUUUGAAGUGGAACAUGAAUGCUUGGGCAAAUGUCAGGGUCUCUUUGCACCUCAGUUUUAUGUUCAGCCCGAUGCUCCAUGUAUUCAGUGUCUGGAGUGCUGUGGAAUGUUUGCACCCCAGACAUUUGUGAUGCAUUCUCACAGAUCACCUGACAAAAGAACUUGCCACUGGGGCUUUGAAUCAGCCAAAUGGCAUUGUUAUCUUCAUGUGAACCAAAAAUACUUGGGGACACCUGAAGAAAAGAAACUGAAGAUAAUUUUAGAAGAAAUGAAGGAGAAGUUUAGUCUGAGAAAUGGAAAAAGAACUCAAUCCAAGACAGAUACAACACCAGGAAUGGAAUUACAAUCAUGGUAUCCUGUUAUAAAACAGGAAGGUGACCAUGUUUCUCAGACACACUCUUUUUUACAUCCCAGCUACUACUUAUACAUGUGUGAUAAAGUGGUUGCUCCAAAUGUCUCGCUUACUUCUGCUGUAUCCCAGUCUAAAGAGGUCACAAAGACAGAGGCAAGUAAGUCCUUUUCAAGACAGCCAGAGAAGCCUCACAUUAAUAAUAAACACCAAAAAACAGUGUCUUACCCAGAUGUCUCACUUGAGGAACAGGAGAAAAUGGAUUUAAAAACAAAUAGAGAAUUAUACAGUCGAUUAGAUCCAUUGGUCUCACAUAAUUCUACAAGUAAAAAGAAAUCAGAGUCUGCUACUUGCGCAAGAGACACAAGCAAGCAUGAUGAAGCUUCAUCUUCAUUUCUUGUCAAAGAUGUUAUUUGUGAGGAUGAUAAGGGGAAAAUCAUGGAAGAAGUAAUGAGAACUUAUGUAAAACAACAGGAGAAGCUAAACUCAAUUUUGCAAAAGAAGCAACAACUUCAAAUGGAGGUGGAAAUGUUAAGUAGUUCAAAAGCUAUGAAGGAACUCACUGAAGAACAACAGAAUUUGCAGAAAGAGCUUGAAUCUUUGCAGAAUGAACAUGCUCAACGAAUGGAAGAAUUUUAUGUUGAACAGAAAGACUUGGAGAAAAAAUUGGAGCAGGUAAUGAAGCAAAAAUGUACCUGUGACUCAAAUUUAGAAAAAGACAAAGAGGCUGAAUAUGCAGCACAGUUGGCAGAGCUGAGACAGAGAUUGGACCAUGCUGAGGCUGAUAGGCAAGAACUCCAAGAUGAACUCAGACAGGAACGGGAGGCAAGACAGAAGUUAGAGAUGAUGAUAAAAGAGCUAAAGCUGCAAAUUUUGAAAUCAUCAAAGACUGCUAAAGAAUAGAAACCAUGAAAGAGAUUCAUUUGUGUAUUACUGACAGGGUUUUUUGUUUGUUGCUUGCUUUGGUGAUUGAAUCCUGAACAUCUUAUCUGCAUGAAGAUAAAUAGGCUUUCUGUCCAUUUGUAGAUCAGAGAAAGUGAAGAGAUUAUAUAUUAGUACAUAAAUUUUUACAUUUUCCAAAUGAAUGAAAUGUAUGUUUCUUUGUACUUUUUUUUCACUCAGCUUGUUAACAGUAGUAUAUGGUUUCAACUAGUAGAUAAUUACCUAUAUUUCUAUUGCAAAAUUAAUAAUUGUAUACUUUUUAAAAGCUGCAUUAUGUGAUGGAAAAUAGUGAUCAAUUUUGUUUAUCCAUAUUUCAAACUCAACUUUAGAUAAAAUGGUGGUAUUAUAAUUCAAAUAUGUAACAUAGAACUACUUGAGGAGUUGAGUCUCCAUUUUUCUCACCAACACAAACUCCUUUCUGAAUUGAUAUAGUACAUUCAUUAUUAUAUGCAAAAUUUGCUUUUACUUUGUUCAGAUUGUGGAACUGAAUUUCCACCAGUUUUCUUUUUGGUGUCUUCUAAGAGGAAUUUCAUUGAUGAAGUUAUAGCCCACCCUUGUACACAAUGGGCAAAGAUAACAUGCUUUGUUAGUUAUGCUUUGCUGCUAAACACAAGAAGCAUUGUAAUUUGUCUUUCAAUUUAAAUGUGAUUAUAUUUAGAAUUUUUUUGUAGUGACUUCAGAAAAAUAAUUUCUGAGCUUUUUAAUGGUGUUAAUAGUGGUGUGAAAAUUAAUAUUAAUGUUCUUGAGAAAACUGAUUCCAUUAAUGUACAUUGGUUUCUAUACAAUCCAUAAUCCUGUACAGUUUUUAUAUGUAGUUAUGGGUCUUUACUAAAAUUUAUAUAAUGGAUUUGUUUUUCUUUAAAUUAUAAAAUAUUAAACACCUUGAAGGUUAUUUUGGACUUUUGUAUGUUUAAAUGUUAUCUUACCAAAUUUGCACGAAUGGACCAUUUUCAAUUGCUCUUUGAUAUCAAAAUCAGGAAUUUACAGUAAACUGCUAGUAUCUGAUAGGUUAAUAUAGGUCAGUUUAGUUAUCUGCUACUGAAAGUUUUCUGGAUAAUUUUUAGAUGGCAAAGGAAUUUCAAAUUUUGGGGAAGGGCAACAUCUGCACUUUUUUUUUUGCACAAGAAGUCUAAAAAAUGUUUUUAAUAGCAAAUCUCACAGUAGUUAGUUUUUUUGUUGUUGAAGUUAUUAAGUAAAAUUCUCAAUAUUAAGUUUUCUGAAGGAAGAUUGAUUACUAUUCCAUGAGUUUUUUGUUUUUCAUGUUCUCAUAAGGUACUAUAUGAAAUUACUGAAGAGAUCUAAAUUUAUUUUAAAAAUAAAUCAGCUAGAGUUAAAGUUACAUACUAUUUUCAGCACAGAAGGCUUAUACUCUAAUGGUAUAGAAUUUCAAAAAUUUACUAGGUUAUCAUUUAACUAGUUAUUUUCAUAUUUUGCUUAAUGGUACUCAUAUAUCCAAAAAGAAUUUUUGUACUUCACAAAAUGUAGUUUAUUUUCUAUAUAAUGUGUGAUUUUCAUUUGAGCUUUACUGUGUUAACCCUAUAGCUUAAUUGGUUGAUUCUUGAAAUCUCCUCAAGGAGGAACAAUGUGAAAAUGACAAGCAGAAAUAUGUUAAAAAUGAUAUAUCCUCCCAGUGCCAUUGAUUUAGAUCUGGAGAAAGAAGAAUCACAACAUUUAUAAUAUUGUUUUAUUUUAGCUGUGAAUUAGUUUUGUCAUAACUCAGCUUUUUGGUAGAUAUACUCAAGCACCUAUAAUUUCAUUUAUUUUUUCAAUUCCCUCAAAACCUUUCUGCUUAUGUUACUUAGUAAAUUAUAAGCUUAACCUAAGUUUCAACCCAAAACUUCUAAAAUAAAUUGCUUAAUCUUUGAAAUGGGUUACUUUAGAAUUCUAAGUGGUAACACCAUUAAAUUAUUUAUAAAUUCUUGAUUUAAAAUUGAGUAAAGAAAUAUUUUUUAUAGUCCUUCAUGUAAUAAAACUUGCCAUAUGACAUAUAGUCUUUGUUUUCCAGAAGAUUCAUUGAUGUGCCAUACGUUUCUAACUUUCUUGAAAAUAGUUUUCUAGUCAAUUGUAAAUAUACCUGUUAUUGUUAAAAGUAACUUUAAGUUAAAUUGCACCAUAUAGCUUGAAAACAAUGUAGAAGUUUUUGUAAUACUUUUAAAAGUGACCUCUGCUGAAGUAUCUUAUCCAUAUAAAACUUAUUAUUCUAUGCUUUGCAUGCUUUUGUGUGCUGAUUGCUAGCUUAGUUUGUUUUGGUGUUAGUCUUUGUGUGCCAAGUUCACUUGCAAGCAGAUUUUUCCUCAGAUUUCAUAAUAUUAUUCUUUUUAGGAGAAAUAAAAAUGUUUAAAAAGCUGCGUUAAAAGAUCAGCCUAUAAAGAAUUUUGGUAGAGCAUCUUUAGAAGGAAAAGAGACAAUUUUAGCUUACUGGGUGAUGAGUGAUUUUUAAUUUGAUUAGUGAUAGCGUAUCUAUAAUCUAAACUUUAUGAAAAAAAUGUACCAAAUCUAUAAAGGUAUUAAAUGGAAAACCUCCUGCUGUCGAUGAGGAAGCUCUUAAGCCACCCUAAUUUCACAAAUGGCAACUUCUAACACUAUGAAAAGUUUGACCAACCAACAUAAGUUUGGCUUGUGCUUUAAUUUUUGUAAAGCAUAUUCUUUUGCUUAAAUUUCUGUGUCCAUGAAAAUUAGGAUGUUUUAUUCUUCUUGAACUAAUUUUAUAGCAUAUUUAAUAUAUUACCAGUUUAGAUAAAAUCAUUUGUAUAUAUUGAAUUAUAAAACAAGUAAAGUAGGUGAAAUAGACCAAGUACUAUGAUAUUUGCAGGUUAUCUAUAUCUUUUAGAAGACAUGACAGAACAACCAAUUUGUUUGCACAUCUGUGGCUUCUGUUUGAAGGAAAAUAAAAGGACAAGGAAACUCAAGUAAUAUAAAACAGGCUCAAAGUAUUUCCCUAGAAUUAAUUGCAAAGCUAAUACUGAAGAUUUUGCUCAGCUUCUGAAAUUUUCUUCUUAAUGAUAAGAUGUUCUGAUUACUUACAGAAGAAUGCUCACUUUUUUAUUUGCCCUUUAUGCAUUUAAUCCACAUGACAGGACAUUAAAAUUACUAUAAUGAAACAUUGUGCUCAUACUGUACAUCUAUUCCUGUGCUUGGAACUACUUGUUAAUAGUUUUUAUUGAAGCUAUCAGCAAUAAGGGACAUACAGCUGUUGUAUUAUAUGUUGGUAAAUUGAAUAAAAUGCUUAAAAUUUUCUUUUUCUAGCAUAGAAUACUUAAGCCUUUCCACUAUUGGAAGAAAAGCAUAUGGGUAUUUUAUAAUGCAUCUUCUUUAAAAGGACAGUCUUUUUCUUUUUUUGUAAAAUCUUUCCACUUAACUGGCUUCUAAACAAUAUAAUGCAGUUUGAAGCCUGCUUAGGAAUAGAAUUAAAUGUCUUAUGUAGUGCUACUGUUUUUCAAUUAGAAAUGUAAAAAAAAAAUUUUUUAAAUGAAGCCCAGAAAACAAAGUAGUUUAAUAUAAAAUGAAUUUAUAAGAUUUUUUUUUCUUCAAUAGAGAUACCUCACUUGAAAAUAAAGCACAGCAUACUUAAAGUAGUUCUAGUAAAAGCAUCCUACUAAAUUAAUUGCUAAGUCUAGGACAUUUUUUGGGGAAAUUAGAAUUUGUGAAAAAUAAAAUAUACUUGCUUUUAACUAUCUUGUUAGGAGUACUUGUUUAUCCUGAUAAUUUUAUGCCAAAAUAGUAGUCUUAAAUUAUUUCUGAAUUUUUAACCUGUGAAGGCAGUAAAUGAAUUAACUGUUCUGCAACUGUUGAAACAAAUUGUUAAAUAUAUUGACCAUAAUUCAAUUUAUAAUUUUGCCAAUGAUGUACAGUUUUAUGAUUAAAAUUGCUGUGGUUGGUUGCAUUACAUGACACACAAAACUGUCCUCUACCUCACGUGAAAUAAAUAUUUUAUAUGGUUUUACUAAAAAAAUGACUCAUCUAUCUGGUCACUUAGUUUACAAAUUUUGAAUUAUAUUUAUUGAAACAUGACAUACUGUGCUCUUAGCUUAUACCUCAAUUGUAUUUUGUGCUGUUUUCCAUUUUCAUGUCUUGUAAAUAACUUGUAUAGAUUGUGGAUCAAAUUCCAAAUAAAAA